AUGAUGUCUACGUCGAACGACGAGGACCCCUUCUUGCAGGUUCAGGCAGAUGUGCUGUCUGCGCUGAACAACUCACGGCCCCUGUUUGCUUCGUACCGGCGAAUCCGCUCGUCCGCCUCGUCCGCGAACUCCCCCGAGCUUCGAGAAGCGCGCAUCGAGCUCGAGCAGACGCUGCAGGACCUCAGCCAGGACCUCGAGGACCUGAUCGAGAGUGUCAAGGCGGUUGAGCAUGACCCCUAUCGCUUCGGCCUUGAGAUAGACGAAGUAGAGCGGCGGAGAAAGCUGGUGAAGGAUGUUGGGGACGAGGUUCAAGACAUGCGCGAGGAGCUCCUGCAGACCGUCCACGACGCCCAGAACAAGGGCAAGGCCGCCGUGAAUGGAGACGUCUUGCCCGACCCAGACUCCUUCGAAGAGCAAGACGAUUAUGCACAGUUCGAGCAAGAGAGGCAGAUGGAGUUGAUGCACGAACAAGACGAACAGCUGGAUGGCGUCUUCCGAACCGUGGGCAACCUGCGACAGCAAGCCGACGAUAUGGGCCGCGAGCUCGAGGAGCAGGGGGAGCUCCUGAAUGACGUCGACACUGUGGCCGACAGGGUCGGCGGCAAGCUGCAGACUGGCAUUAAGAAGGUGGGCUGGGUCAUCAAAAAGAACGAAGAUCGGUGGUCCAGCUGCUGUAUUGCAGUACUCAUCUUCGUCCUCAUACUGCUCCUAGUCUUGCUGCUCAUCCUCUGA